UACUACUAUCUCUUUCUUUCAUCUUCUUUCUUGUUAAAGCUCUCAACUUUCUUUAUAUUUCAUCAAAAAAAAAAAUUACAAAAAUGGCCAUUAGAAAAUCAAACAAGUUAUCACAAGCUACAGUCUUGAAACAAAUUUUGAAGAGGUGUUCAAGUUUGGGUAAGAAGCAAGGCUAUGACAACGAAGAUUAUUGCCUUCCCAUUGACGUACCAAAAGGACAUUUUGCAGUUUACGUGGGAGAGAAUCGAACUCGAUACGUCGUACCAAUUUCUUUCUUAACUCACCCUCAGUUUCAAUGCCUCCUCCAACAGGCCGAGGAAGAAUUUGGAUUUGAUCACGACAUGGGUAUUACCAUUCCCUGUGAAGAAAUGGUUUUUCAAUCACUGACUUCUAUGAUCCGGUGCUGAAGUAUUUAGAAAAAGGGCAGCCUGGUGCAUUAAGCUCCCGCUAUGUGCGGGGUCCGGAAAAGGAUCGGAUCGCAAGGAUUUAUUGUACACAGUCCCAUCGGCAGCAGCUUUACCAGUUACACCAAAACUACUUUUCUUGGUGUAUUUAGAAAAGAAAAGAAAAAAAAAAGUGAAUAUUAGGGGUUAGUUCUUUUUUGGGAUUAAGAAGGAUGGCUCAAGAUGAAGCAAUUUGGUGUUUUUUUGCUUCUCUUUUUUCUAACAUCUUUCUUCACUCUAUUUUUUAUUUUAUUUUUUGGUUUUUUUAUUUUUUUGGGUUAGGGGUAUUUUCUUGUAUUGUAACUUUCCUCUAAUUCCUGACCUAGGAACCACAUGAUAUUAUUAGUAGUGUUUUUUAUGGGUCAGAAUCAGAUUUGUAAACAAAUCUUGGAAAUUUUUCCUUGUAGUGGUGCUUAUUUUGCGCCCUGUGAGAGAAGUGAAUGUAUCUCAAUCGAUUUGCCUUUUAUGGAUACAAA